AUGGACGGCGCUCACGCGAACGCGCACGACGAUGAUUCUGGCGACGUGGAUACCGGCUUUUGGACCGCCGCGGACCGUGAGAACAUGAAGAAACCCAUCCUCGUUCCCGCAAAGCUCGUGGCACCGACCCAACGGGGUUUUUACGCUCGAGCGCCCAAGCUCGGUAAAAAGGCUGAAGCGGAACUGCAGAGAGCCAAAGAUGCGUUCGACCAGUACCUCGCAAACGCUGAGUACUCGCGCCCCCUCGUUGAGCUGCUUAAGCCGCACAUCCGACCUCGCUACGAGGCUGUCGUAGGGGACAGUGAAGGGUUCAGCCUUUACGUAACUUCAACUCCCAGUCAAAGAGAACUCAAAACCUUGCCCAAGUCUGAGCGAACCUCUCACCAUCUGAUAUAUGACUAUUGCAUAAACAUGAGCGCGUUUCAUCCGCUGAUUGACUUCCACCUUACCACCGACGCGGGGAAGCUGUUUACUGCGUAUGUGAGCAUGUGGCCGGGCUGCUUUGCCUUGCGACGCGACAAGGCCGCCACGAGAAAACUCACCGAAGCCGAGAGGGCUGCUCGCCGCCUCCCGGCCAAGGUCACUCCCACCGACGUCGUCGUCUCCCAGGAAGCAUACAUCGCAUAUCGAUCCGGCAAUGUCGUUGAGCCAACUCCGCAUCAGAUAGCGUACAUGGAAAGGAGAAAGAUCGAAGAGGGCAGUGAUGCCGUGCUUUCCGCGUACCCGUUCUCUCUUCACAAUGAUGAGGUUGCGUUAAUGAAUGUGAGGAUGCGUGCCGCUAACGCAAAAAAGAGGCUGCGGGAAGAGGUAGAGGCUGAGCUCGAUUGGCGAUCCAAUGAAGAGAUUUGA